AUGUUAAGCCAUCAAAAUGAUCUUUUAUAUAUUUCUUUUGUGUUAUUAUUAUACAGUUACCGAAUUAAGGUGAUUAUUUCUCAUGCAAACGGUAGCAAUGUGUUUCUGCUUCAUGAUCGUGAGAUUACUCAAAUAAUUAAGAAAAGAUGCUCUGCUUUGCUAAAUGAAAAUCCCCAUUUGAAACAGACUAAUACUGAACGUAAAGUUCCUCCCGAACUGGGUAACUAUUUGAUUCAAAGGAAGAUGGUUUUCAUGAUUGAUCCUCGACCUCUGGGGUAUCAGUAUAACACAAGUGUGUAUAUGGUUCAUCGGAUUUGUGAUGAUAUGUCAUUGGUUAAUCUUUUUGAAGCUGCUGCUUCCAUGCAUGAUAAAAAGAGAGGUUUGAUUCAGAAUAAGUUCCCUGAUAGUAUUACUAAAAAUGAAAAAGUUGAGAGCUCAUCCUCACGUUUGCUGACAAUGGAUGAUUUUCAAAAAUUAUAUCAAGUGGUGGAUACCAAAGUAUGA